AUGGACACGGGAGAAAUGUUCGAGGUCCUCCGGACAUGUAUUAUCGGCGAGAGUUUCAGGGCCUGUGGCGUCGGGUAUCACCCGGAGGACGCCCUCGAAGCAUACCACGCCAGCGAAUUUUUUGACAACGUCGACGAGGACGACAUCACAGGCAGCUUCCACAGCCCAGAGCAUUUCUUGGAGAACCUGUGCUCGUCGAACGCUGGAAGAGUGUACGACACAAUUCGCGAGAUGGACGAUCUCUGGGAAUCGGGAUCGCCGGAGUCCCUGUCGAGGUCCUCGGCGGAAACGAUGAAACUGUUGUGGGAUCUCGGCAACGCCGAGGCUCUCCAGUACAUUGACGACAAUUUCGGCCAACCAGUGGCACAGGAGUUUUUGGAGUAUGGGUCGUCGUUGUUCGACUGUUCGACCAAUUAG